AUGGGGGACAUGAUAGACCGGGACGCUCCGCAACUAGGCUUCAAAUUCAUGACCUACACUGAUGUGACGCUUUUCGCGACCACGUUUUCCCAUUGCACCUGGGACAUCUCCGGUAUUAUAGGCUUCAUGAAGGCGCUCGAGCUUGUGCUUGAUGGUCGGGACGAUGAGGUCCCCACUUUACUUGGGGCAAGAACCGAUAUCCUGGCAGAGAUAGCCAGUCAGCACAAAAGCCACAAUCAGGACGAUCUGUUGUUGAAGAUGGUGAGCCAGAAGAAGGUGGAGCGGUCCGAGAGACGGCUUCCACCUCUGGAGGAGCGCAUUAUCCGAGUUCCGUUCGAGAUCCUGCAGCGACUUCAAAAGCGCCUUGUCGACGAAGAUGCCAAUGGAGACCAGGAGACAUGGACAACAUACCAACCAGACGAGCUGUUUUUGGCCUUCAUUGUGCAACAAGUUGCGAGAGCGGUUCCGGAGCCGCAUCCACUCAACUUAUUAAACAUUCUCAAUGCACGGCUUGUUGUGCCCUCUUUAGCCAAGGCUAAGGGUAUCUAUAUGCAAAACUUGGUCUUAGUGGCGCCCAACAGACUAUCUCCCGAGGUUUCAUCUGGUCCUCUCUGGCGAACAGCUCUGUCUCAACGACAUUGCCUCGCCGAGUCCACGACUCCAGAGAAUAUAGCACGAUCACUGAGCACAGUUCUCGGGGCCAUUGAAGCUGAUGUUGAUACGACAGCUAUAGCGAGUGCCGGCGACGCACUGCCGCUGUUGAUCAACAACUUGAACAGGUUUACGAAUGAUUUGGAUGUCGACUUCAGCUCAGCCGUCGUUCGCCAAGGCGACACAUCGGAAGCCAGAAGGAAUGCGAUAGGGACUGCAGACUUCUGCUACCUAAGUAUACCGAACAAUCCUUUCGAUAUGAUGCGUAUGACCAUGUUGGGCAGUUACAACGGCGACGCUUGCUGGAUGUUUGGGGAACUUCCUGGCCGAGCCUGGGAAUUACUCCAAGUGACUCUGGACGAGUUGUAA